UCCAAGUUAUCAUUACGCUUUGCAAGAAAAAAAAUAUAUGUCGCAAGCAAUUUAAGGUGCUAUCUGGCAACGAUAUAAGUCAUCUGUGUUACGUAUCAGCAACAGCAAAUACAGUCAACGGCGGCGACUCGUGGGGUGAAGAAGGCAUCUCUGUAAUAGCAAAGUUCCUUGCGACAAUGAACCUCGUGGGCGUGACACGGAGAGCGGCCGGUUCGGGAGGAGGGGUCGCCCUCAGGCAGCUGGUGAGGGCGACGUCGACCUCCGCCUCGGGACGCCAGACUCACGCCCUCGCUGCCGCCCCUGCGUUCGAGGGCGAGGGGGUGAGGCCCCGCCCCAUGUCGCAGGUCCCCGGCCCGCCCAUCUUCCCCCUGAUGGGCUCCAUCCCGGCCAUGAUGAUGUACAAAGAGUUCUACGAGCACAAGAUCCACCAGGUGUUCUUCAGGAUGGUCGACCAGUACGGUCCGAUAGUCCAGAUCAAGAUGCCGAACUGGUCGAGGGGGGUUCUCGUCACUCGGCCGGAAGACAAGGAAACGGUCCUGAGAGCCACCAAGGACAACCCUCUCAGGAAAGCCCUUCCGUCUCUCAAGAAAGUCCGGGAUGAGGCCAUGGAGAACUUCUUCGACAAGAACGGCGGUCUGCUGACGGAGCAAGGCGACAAGUGGUGGCGCGUCCGCAGAGGCGUCCAGACCCCGAUGAUGAGACGCAAGAACGUGGAGGCUUAUCUGCCGGAGGUGGACGCCAUCACGCGGCAGUUCAUGGACAGAAUGGCGUCUUUCCAGGAGGAGUUGGGAGAGAUGCCCGAAGACUUCCUGCAGGAGCUGUACAAGUGGGCGCUCGAGUCGGUGAGCGUGGUGGCGCUGAGUCGGCGUCUGGGCUGCCUGGACCCCGCCCUCGCCCCGGACUCCGAGCCCUUGAAGAUCAUCCAGAUCGUCGGCGACCUCUUCAGGACCCUCAACGCCUGCGAGUUCACGGGUCCCCUCUGGAGGAUGUACCCGACGCCCACCUUCAAGAAGUUGGAAAGGAUGCACCAGGAGCUCCUCGAGAUGGCCUUGACCAACAUCAGGGCCACGGAAGCGUCCCUGAAGGAGGCCCUGGAGAAGCCCGGAGCCGAGGAGAGGGAACUCACCCUGAUGGAACAGCUGCUUCUCAGGCCCGAGCUCAGCCAUAAGGACGUCGUCACCUUGAUUCUGGAUAUGAUUUUCGCCGGUAUUGACACGACUUCCCACACCAUGGCCUUCGCCCUCUACCUCCUGGCGAAGAAUCCUGAAGCCCAGAGGAAGCUUCAGCAGGAGGUGGAUCAGGUGCUGAAGGACAACCCGGAAACCCUCACCCCGGCUCACGUCGCGAAGUUGUCCUACACCAAAGCCGUUGUGAAGGAGAGCUUGAGAUUCUUUCCUGUGGCGAUGGGUUUCCUGAGGGAGCUCAGUUCCGAUGUUGUGUUGUCAGGAUACCACAUUCCUAAAGGAGCCUCCGUCCUGAUGCUCAACUACGAGGACAUCCAGGAUGACCCCGCCUUCCCUCGACCUCGCGAGUUCCUGCCGGAGCGCUGGCUUCGGGGGAGCGAGCUGGCCGCCUCCCACGCCUUCGCCCUCCUGCCCUUCGGCGCCGGGACGAGGAUGUGCGUGGGGCGGCGCCUCGCGGAGCAGGAGAUGUACGUCUUCUUGGCCAGGGUAAUGCAGAGAUACACAGUGAGCUACAACUACGGCGAUAUGGACAGCACGAUGCAGCUCAUCCUCAAGCCAUCACAGCCUCUGAAAUUCUCCUUCUCGGAGCGUCGAGCAUGAGGGCGGAGGCGGAGGCGGAGGAGGAGAAAUGAAGGAAAGACUUGACUGCAGAAGGUCGUGAGUGCGGAAGAAGAGGGAAGGGAGGUAAGGAAGGAGUGUUGGGGAGAAGUGGUGAGGGAUAAGGGCUGGAACUAGUGGCCAUCAGGCAUACAAGUGCAGUUUAUGUAGUUGCUGUGUGUGUUU